CACAUUACAUUAGUUAGAGAGAAAGUGUGGUAUUUCAGAAAUGGCCGAGUGAUGGUUUUAUUGCUUUCCUCUGAUUUUGAUACCUUCGAGAGGACCAAAAAUGGCGGAUAAAAGCUUCCUAGUAAAGCCUUAACUUCAAUAAUCAACGAGAGUAUUUCCAGAUUUUGGCCGCUCUUUCUCACUGUUUCUUAUGAUAUAACUUUGUUGCAUUUUGAAGCUUUCUUCUUUUUCUUUUUCUUCUUCUUCUUCUUCUUCGACGGGUUUUAACCAAAAUCAGUUACUUGAUGGAGUGAGCAGAUCCUGGUUGUUGUUUUAGAGAGAAAUAGUAAUGGUUCUGGAUAAGGCUAAGAAAGAGUAGUAGUUCCUGUAGAAAGAGAGAGCAUUUGAUGGUCGUUCGAUGGCCAAUUCUGAUUCAGACUCCUACUUACAAGCUGGCUCAUUGGGCAAACAUAUAAGCAGUUCAUUGUUCAGCAUUCCUGGAUUUUUUGCCGGGUUGGGGUCGAAAGGUUCGGUGGACAGUGAUUCGCUUAGAAGUCCUACUUCGCCUUUGGAUUUCAGGCUUUUUUCCAAUCUAAGCAACCCUUUCGGUUUUAAAUCCAUAUCAUCACCUGAAACUGAAAGUGGUCGUCAAAAUAAGUUUGUUUCUGGUGAAGUAGGUCUUGGCAUCAUAAAUUCUAUUGUUGUAGAUGACUGUGAAACGGCCAGUGAAGCUCGGGACUCAAACCGGAGGAAGAAUGUGAUUUUUGGACCACAAAUUAAAACUAAGAUCUCUAAAUCCUCGAACCAUUAUAUCAAAUCUUUGGGUUCUUCUUUGAAAUCUUAUUCUUUGCCAAGUAAUUAUACAAUCUCGUCACUCUCCAAAGCCAAAAUUCCAAGCUCCAAUUCUGAAGCCAUAGAUAGUGUCUGUGGCAAUGGAGAAUUUUCUGCUUUAGAAUCUGAACCCUUUGAAAAUAAUGCAUCAUUUUUGUCAAAUGCUGGCAGCUUUUCCUCCUCUGGUAUCGACUUGACUCAAAAUUCUGAUCCAAGUGCUGAAAAUUUUCCAUUGAAAAGUAGCAACACCAUCUUUCCAAUGAUUAACAAUAGCCCUCAAAGGGAAAAUUCAUUGCCAAUCAAAUCCUGUUCCUUGCCUAUAACUAUUGGCCCAAGUACUGCAUAUGUAGGCUCUCUUACCGCUCGAGAAAUAGAACUUUCCGAGGACUAUACCUGCAUAAUUUCUCAUGGUCCAAACCCAAAGACAACACACAUUUUUGGUGACUGUAUUUUGGAGUGUCACACAGAUGAAAAUAUCGAUUCCAGUACAAUGGAAGAGCCUGGGAUCGAAUCAUCUCUGGCAGAAGGUUUUGGUUGUGGAGUAGUGGAUGCAAAUUUGCGAAUCUGUUACUCAUGCAAGAAAGUUUUGAAAGAAGAGCAUGAUAUUUAUUUAUGCAGGGAUGGCAAAGUUUUUUGCAGUUCACAGUGUAGCUCUCAGGAGAUUUUUGGAGAAGAUAAAAUCAACAAAACUUCCAAAGAUGAUAGUGAAAGCUCUGCAGCAUCAAGCUACCAUGAAGACCUCUUCAUCAUGGGUCUCCCUUUUGCUUUAUGACAGUGAGUUAUAGUCUCUUUUCACACCCUCCCACUGGUCGUGUUCAGUGAGAUGGCACGACGGGAAGAGGAGGAUCAUCUGUUUACUAAGAGCUGUCUGUGUAAAUCAGUCUGCAGCCAUGGAUGAUCGCUGAGUUAACAGUUUUUUUCGAUUUUCUGCUUUCAUGGUGUUGGUGUCUUGACUAGAAAGAUGAGAGUUUUUGGUUCCUCCCUCCUUUGGGCAGAAUAUAGAUAUGGUAUUAUAUCUGUUUUUGCUUGUUCAUUGAAGAUUUUGAUCCAACUUUAUUAAUCCUGGAGAUCAUUUUGCUGCUGUAUCUCAAAGGCUUUUGUUGACUUGAAUAAAAAAAAAAAGAAUUGUGUUUGAAGACAGUUUCUUAAACAA